UUUUUCUUCUGUGCAUAUAAUGAUCAGCCUUAUCAACCUGGGUAUACAGCCCCACCACCUCGCCCUAAUCCUGAAGAAACCACUAUUGAAAUAGGAGGAGGCUGGACAUUAUCUGGCUCACCCUUGGACUUGCGUGAUCCUCGCCUAUUGGCAAUUGCAGAGGCAGAGCGUCAAUUCCUGGAUGCUGAAUAUGAUGAGUAUGCUGCUUCUAAUGCCAGUGGAGCUGCUUUUUGUCGCUCAGCUGCUCUAAUUUUGAUGGCCCUUUUACUUCUGCGGCAUGCACUCUCUGUAACAGAUGGUGAUUCUUCUGAUGAUGAUCCAUCCAAUUUUUUCUCUCUUUUCUUGCUUCGAGCUGCUGGAUUUCUUUUACCUUGCUAUAUCAUGGCUUGGGCAAUCAGUAUUCUGCAACGGAGGCGACAAAGACAAGAGGCAGCAGCACUAGCGGCAACCCAAGUUGCGUUUGUUCUAAAUUCAUGUAAUUAA